GUAUUGCCGCCAUCCGAUAACAUUGCGUCCGAACCGCAGUCAGCGGCUACUGGGAUGAGUGAACUUAGUGGUGGAUUAUCAAAUUCGGAAACAGGUUGUUUGUCACCGCGUGAUGGCAAGCAGAGUGGAUCAUCUAUAGGAAAAGUGGAAAUGCAGCGUGCUGCGUCACCAAAUGCUGGAUUUAUGCAGAACAUUUCCGAGCAACAACGUGAACAAAAUUUAUCGAUGAUGAAUGAUGGAAAGCAACCUGACGAUGUAAGUGGUGGCGACAACAAGGACUGA